UAUGGAGACAAUUUGUUUAUAAAAAAGAAAAAAAAAAUGAAAAUUUAAUUAUGAAAAGUAAAGUGAAUGUAAACCAUCAACAACAAGUACAAUUACAUGUGAUAAAAGUAUGCAUUGGGGUAAGGCUAGGUGAUUUGCUAUGAUCAUUGGAGAAUUAAACUUUUUUUUUUUUUUAUUAACACACAUUGUUAUCAUUUAAUAAAAAAAAAAAAAAAAAUAUAAUAAUCAACAUAUCACAUACUUUCAUUGUGUCAGUUGCUUCAACCAAGUAUUUAUCGUUAACACAAAAUGAUGAUGAGAAUGUCAUUUUGGUUUGGCACAGAUUUGGGUACAUUUUUAUUUUCUGGUAUCAAUGUCAAUACAGUUGGAUGUUUCAUAGCAACAUGUAUUGUAAUUGGUGUAUUAGCUAUUGCAUAUGAAGGCAUGAAAACACUUCAAUUAAAACUUCAUAAAAAAAGCAAAGCUAGUAUGAUGGCUAAUACCACUAGGUCCAAUGAAAAUUCAUCACUUUUAUCAAAAAUUGUACCCAGUAUUCCUUCAAGUUCUUCUGUUUGGCAUGCUCUUGGACAAUGGUUACUUGAGGUGCUUCAUUUUUCACUUCAUAAUACUCUUGGAUAUAUUUUGAUGCUUGCUGCAAUGACAUACAAUGUUUAUAUUUGUAUGGCUCUUGUGAUAGGUGCUGCAAUUGGAUAUUUUGUUUUUGGUAUUGCCUUGUUGGAUUUAAACUUGAGUGAAAUUCGUCAAACAUAUAAUUCAAUAUCUUGUGAACCAGAAUGUUCAGAUGCUAUUGUCCCAGUAGAAAGACAACAAUCAACAGUAUCAAAUAUUGCUGAACAAAUUGUAUCUGAAAUUAAUGCUGAUGUUCAUGGAAGCAGUUCUCAACAAGUUUAAUUAAAUUAAUUUUAAAUUUUUAAAUUUUUUAUUGAAGCAAUAUUCAGAACGAAAAGGCUGAUGAUGUUUUUAUUAUUAAAAAUAAGUAAUGAGUCA